CGGAAAUGGCGAGCAGCAAUGGCUGCUUUGAGGGUGCGGCAAUGUUCGCCUUCGGCCUUGCACCUGAGAAGAUUUUGCCCCCCGAGGUUCUCAGACAGCCAAUUUCGAAGGAUCUCUCCGAGCCUGUGACUGCAAGGCUGAAUCCUCCACCUUGUAUGAUGUGCAGUGAACCAAGGGUGAUGAAAAAUCCAGGACAUUUUCUUUCUGAAGGAGUCGGCACCACCACAUUUUCAGCCUUUCCCUCACAGAGAGACCUGGAUUUGAUUGAAAGAUACAAACAGGGAGUAAUAAACUCAGUGUCUGCCUUGCAUCUGUUUGCCAAAACACACCACCUGCAGCUUGAAUUGAAAGAAACGAGCGUGGCAGGUGAUGUCAUAAGGCCUUACUUUGCCUUCUGUGCUGUGAUAAAUGGUGUUUGCUACAAGACUGGGCUGGGAAAGAACAAGAAGGAAUCUAAAUUAAAUGCAGCUAAACUGGCUCUUGCUGAGCUCCUUAACUUGGAGAAUACAGGGGCAAAGUUUUUUGAAGAUGCAGCUUUUCCCUGUGUUCCUGCUGAGCCCCGACCUCCAGGAAACUCGGCUUGUGUUUCAAGGACUGGAGGAGAACAUAUCUAUCAAAAGCUGUCACAAAUGCUUGAAGAAGUGUUUAACCGCCUGACUACCCAACACCCUGAGUACCAAAGCUGUGGCAGUUCCCUGGCUGCCUUCAUCAUUGAGAAGGGUGGGCAGCAUGAGGUGGUGGCCCUGGGGACAGGAGAAUGCAACUACAGCCGGCGCUCGGAGUCCUGUGGGAGGCUCUUGCACGACAGCCAUGCCAUUAUCACUGCCAGGCGUUCCCUGCUCAGAUACUUGUACAGACAUCUUUUGCUGUUCUAUAACAAAAAUCCAGCCAAGGCAGAGAGAUCCAUAUUUUGCUCAGCACCAGGCUCGAAGCUGCUUACCUUAAAGCAAAACAUAACUCUGUCUCUCUACAUGAACCAGCUUCCAAAAGGAACUGCUCAGUUAAAAUCAGAGGUGCAUCUCGGGCCCCAGUCAAUCUCUGCAUACGAAGCCAGCGAAGAGCUGAGCCUGCAUGUUGCCCUGGAAGGCAGGAUUUACCUGGCUGUUUGCUGUCCCCCCAAGACUGUCAGAGUGAGCAGCAUGUCAGCUGGGGACAAACUGACCAAGUGGGAGGUGGUUGGUCUUCAGGGAGCCUUGCUGAGCCACUUCAUCGAACCCGUGUACAUCAGCAACAUUCUCGUGGGAAAUGGAAGUUGUAAGGAUACAAAAGGACUGGACAUAACCAUAAAGCAGCGUCUUGAUGAUGAACUUAUUUCAAAGCUUCCCGUGCAUUACCUGGUCAACAGAUCUCAUAUUUACCUGGUGAAAGCUGCACUGCCAAUCCAAACAGAUUUGAACCACUGGUCGCUUAGUUUGAAUUGGACACUGGCAGAUGCAUCCCUGGAGGUUGUGGAUGGAUUAAGUGGGAAAACCACUGAAAGCUCCCCGUUCCGCAGCGGCACCUGCCUGGCCAGCCGCCUGUGCAAGGCCGCCAUGUUCAGCCGCUUCAGGAUGCUCGCCAGGGAAGCAGGACGGGCUGACCUGCUCCAGUUCCCAACGUACCAUGAGGCAAAGAUUAAGUCUCAGCUGUACCAAGAAGCUAAAAGCUUGCUGCAGAGCUAUCUAGAGCAGCACAGUUACGGAUCGUGGAUUGUGAAGUCUCCGCAUAUUGAACAGUUCAGUGAUUGAUGGAGGUGGAUUAAAUGUCAAGUCGGUUUGAAUGAUCUGUUUCAGUAAAUAGAGUUCUGAGUAGUAAAAUGUUCAACUUUUAAGUUGGUAGUUACAGGAAGAAAACAAUUCCAGAACUGCUUCUUGUCAGUUUAAAUGCAGUUAUUCAACUACCUGUAGUAGUUCAGUCUUUUCCAAAAUUGAUGUUUUCUCAUAGGUGGGAGUAUCCAACAGCUUUGUAAAUCUUUGUUCUGCUUUGCCCCCCAGUGCCACCUCAUUUCCUCUCACUGGCCCUCACUCCUACAAAUCCCCACCCUGUGGAAUUAACAUGGCUUUUUCCUGAUAGUUUCAGGAUUUCUGUAUAUUCAGUUCUUCUUUUUCCUCCCUUUCUCAUAACUUUAGAAAAGAAACAAAAAAAACAGUAAAAGCUAGAUUUCUUUAGAAACAAGGUAUACUAACAUGAGAGUCUUCCAGGAAAAAAAAAGAAAUGGACAAUAUGUGCUUAUCUAUAGGCAUUCAUCCUUUGCUGUGAGUUUUGUUUAGUGUCAGUCUGCCAACUGGCUUACAGUUUAUGUUGUUUGUGCUAGAAGAGUUAAAUAAUAAUUUUUGUACUUCCUAAUGUGAAACCUGGAAUGACUGGCUGUUACUCAACUGUUCUGCAACAAGUACUGAUCCUGGUAGUGGGCUUAAAGCAUUAUGCAGGUGUCAAAGCUGUAAUGCAAUGUAGUACAGAAGUCUCCAGAAACAAGGUUUUUUCAGCAUUUGUGGUUUGCCUCAGACCCCAUCAGUGUUAAUGCUUAUGGAUGAAUUGGACUCCUGCACUGAAGAUGACUUCAUCACUGCACUGACAAGUCCUAGUGAAAUCAUCUUGCAUACAACCUGGAAAAUAGUGCCUGUCAAAAGGGAAUUUACUUCCUUUCAAGUCCUGGUGAGAACAUGGUAGCAUUGGGAAGGUGUUGUUAAGUGCCAUGUUUGGAGUUGGCGUGGUGUUGUGAACGGUGCUGUGUUCAAGCUAGGCGGUACACCUGGAUUAUGUUUGUGAUUGCUGUAAAUCAUGUGAGGGGAGGGUUACACAGUGUUCUCAUACAUCAGGAAUAACGAACCUAGGGCUGUAGUCACAUUUCACCUUCUUAGUGUUAGAGGAUUCUCAAAGAAGUUCCUCCUCCUGGUGUUGGUUUUUUCCUUAGUCUGUUCUUCCAGCUAAUAUGUGGAGUCUUCUGUUGGGAUGAUCUUUUGCUCAUUCACAAAUUGUUGAAACUUGCUGACCUGUUACUACUUGGUCCUUGACCUUUUUUUGGCUAAUGUGCUCUCUUGUUUUCUGUUACUGUGCCUUAACUUUGGGGGUGGUGUGGUGGUUUUUGGUUCAUUGUGGCACAUGUUCCACAGACUGCUUGUUCCAUGUAGUAUUUUCUAAGAAUGCUUGGGAAUGGCUGUCAUAUUCCAAGCUAGAGCGCAGUGUUGCCUUUUUGUAGGGGUGUUGAAAGUUCAAUAAAUGUCCUUGACAAUG